UGCAUGGCACGCGUGUGAUGUUUUUUCAAGUAUUGCUAUUUUUAUUUAAAAAUGUAAACACUAGAAGGAUUUGAUGAGAAAGACAAUACACAGCGCGCACGCGCAGACGCAGGCGCGCGCUCAGUGUCCACGAGAAGGAGGCGGAGUCUCCAGUCAUCUGAUUCUUUUCCUGUCCCACCCACUAACGUUACCGGACAGACGGGACGAGAGUUCACGGUAAACGGACACAUACGCACCGACCGUGGGAGAGUUUUUCAAUCAACGCAAGCAACACCGAGGCGUUUCGGUGACGCGACGCGCAUCCGCAGCGGGCUCGCGCGUCUCUUCCUGAUCCUUCGGUCAAAGUUUGUUUUGCGUGGGAAAAGUCGAGCGGAACUUGACGAACCGCCGACAGAAGUUUCACGAUGAUCGGUCCGGAACGAGCAACCUGACGAGCGUUAAACGCGACGUGAGUUCAUUUGUGCGCGCGUAUGAGCGCGGGACUUUAAUGCGCCUUUCCUGCUAUUCUUCUACCGCGAGCGCUUCCUGCUCGAGCCAACCGCAGCGACAGCUAAAAAUACGGACGCUCUCUGGGUCUCUUGUUGUAGAUAUCGACGUGCGCGUGUGUGUAACUUAAGUCAUCUCUUUGAAGUUGUUUUAAAGUAUGUGGCCCGGAAAGUGACCGGAUGAACGGCGUCACCCGGGCUACACUUCAGUGUCCAUCCGAUGGAGUUCGGCGUCUGAUGGACGCGCGCUCGCAGAUGAUCCGGCCGUACAGAGAUCUGAGGGCGAGCCGUCAUCUCGUCGUAAUCCCCCAAUGGAGCCGCUGAAGAACAUUUUCUCCCGUGGCCCGCUGUCCACCUGGAAGAGUCUGGAUCAGAGCCAGAAGGGAAACUUCACCAACCCGGUGUGGACCGCGCUUUUCGACUACGAGGCCUCGGGAAAAGACGAGCUGACGCUCCGCAAGGGCGACCUGGUGGAGGUCCUGUCUCUGGAUUCGGAGAUCUCGGGAGACGAGGGCUGGUGGGCAGGAAAGGUCAACAACAAGGUGGGCAUCUUCCCUUCCAACUACGUUUCCUUCAAACCCGCCGCCGGCGUGGUGCGGGACCUGGGCUCGGCCGUGGUGGUGAGUGAGUUGGAGCCCGACGCAGUGGACUUCAACGAGCUGAGCUUAGAAGAGGUCAUCGGGGUGGGCGGUUUCGGGAAGGUGUACCGGGGCACCUGGAGGGGCGGGCUGGUGGCCGUCAAAGCUGCCCGGCAGGACCCGGAUGAGGACAUCAGCGUCACGGCUCAGAGCGUCCAGAACGAGGCCCGACUCUUCGCCAUGCUCAAGCACCCCAACAUCAUCGCGCUGAAGGGCGUGUGCCUGCAGGAGCCCAACCUGUGUCUGAUCAUGGAGUACGCCUUGGGCGGGCCGCUGAGCCGUGCUCUGGCCGGCCGCCGGAUCCCUCCGCACGUGCUGGUGAACUGGGCCGUGCAGAUCGCCCGCGGGAUGCUCUACCUCCACAGCGGGGCCAUCGUGCCCGUCAUCCACCGAGAUCUCAAGUCCAACAACAUUCUGUUGGCCGAGCCCAUCGAGGAGGACGACAUCGGGGGAAAGACUCUGAAGAUCACAGAUUUCGGGCUGGCGAGAGAGUGGCACAAGACCACAAAGAUGAGCACAGCGGGCACGUACGCGUGGAUGGCACCUGAGGUCAUCAAGUCCUCCACCUUCUCUAAAGGCAGCGACGUGUGGAGUUAUGGAGUGUUGUUGUGGGAGCUGUUGACAGGUGAAGCUCCAUACAGAGGUAUUGACGGUCUGGCUGUGGCUUACGGAGUCGCUGUGAAUAAACUGACUCUUCCCAUUCCAUCCACCUGUCCUGAACCCUUCGCUCAGCUCAUGUCCGAGUGUUGGGAUCAGGAUCCUCACAGGAGACCCAGUUUCAGCUCUAUACUGGACCAGCUGAGCGCUCUGGAGCGACAGGUGAUGGAUGAGAUGCCUCCGGAGUCAUUUCAUUCUCUUCAGGACGACUGGAAGCUGGAGAUUCAGGACAUGUUUGAUGAACUCCGAGCUAAAGAGAAGGAGUUGCGUUGUCGUGAGGAGGAGCUGAAGCGAGCCGCUCUGGAGCAGAAGUGUCACGAGGAGUUUCUCCGUCAGCGGGAGCAGCAGUUGGCUCAGUGGGAGCAGGAUGUGUUUGAGCGAGAACUUUCACUUCUCAUUCUCCAUCUGAACCAGAACCACAAACCCAACGUCAAGAAACGCAAAGGAACCUUCAAGAAACACAAACUCAAGGUGAAGAACGGAGAGAAGAUCAGCAUGCCACAGGAUUUUAUUCAUAAGAUCACAGUUCAGGCGUCGCCGUGUUUGGAGAAGAGACGGAAUUCUCCAGAUCUGGGCUCGCCGUCCAUUGGGCCGCGCUUCCGUGCCAUACAGUUGCCGAGUGACAGUCGCUGGAGUUCAGUUUGGCCUGUGGAGUCUCUUCCACACAAGCAGUCGAAUGGUGAGAGGAGGUUUGCAGCUCCACAUCUGAGUCCUAAAAGUCCUAAAAGUCCAAAGAUUCUCAGACUCAGUACACCAGAAAACAGUCUGUCCAUGAGAGCCAAACUUCUAGACAUGGACAGUAAUGAAAACCAGGAUUCGAAAGCAGAUUUUGAGGAAUACAUACCCAUCACACCGGAAUCCAACCACAAUGGCUCCGAGAGCGAGGAAGGAGGUUGGUCCCCCUGCGGCUCGCCCAAACCAGAUCACCUCGGACCGUCGUCUCUCACUAAGAGCACACACCGCGCUCUGCUCGGCAGCGCCGCCCUGCUGGCGUCCGUGGCUCUGGGCCACUGUCUGGAGCCUCAGCACCCCCCCACACCGCCCCCGCGGGCCUCCUCCAGAACUCACCUGCCCGCGCUGGAUCUAGAACCGGAGCGAGCCGCCGAGCCGGAGGUGGUGGGAGAUCUGAUCACGUUCAGCACGGACUCUCUGCCGCGAGGAUUCCUGGACGCGUUCAAACCGUCUGAGGUGAAACCGUUACCUCUCACCCCACCGCCCCCUAACCCCAGAGAGAGAGACAGAUGGACUCGCCGCGCGCCCCACCACAGUCCUGGAGACGGGACGCUGAACGGAGAGACGGCCGGUGAGAUGUGGUAUCAGGACAGCGAGGGCAGGAGAAGACCUGCGUCUCAGCUGGGUAACAUCUUCACAUUCACUGUCCUCUGAGAUCACGCUCAUCAAUCGUUCUUGAGAAGGAAAAAAACAUCAUUAGUACUCAAUUCAAACUCAAAGUUUCCCAAAAAACUUAAAACGAUUAGUUCCUGUCCUUGAUUCUGAUUGGUCGAUAGCUGUUCUUUAUUCACAAUAACCAUUAACUUAAGAAUUCUCAUUCUUAAUGUGAGGAUGUAACAGCUGUCUUCAAUCUGGAAAGAGAAGAGGUUUAUUAGGUUGACACUAUCAUGUUGAAAUGCUUCCUUGUUAAGCACAAUUUAAAAGAAUCACAUUGAUUUAAUACUCAUCAAGUCUGAAACCAUUUUUGAAACAUCAGACGGGGUCACACAUAGAAAUAUUACAACCGUUAUAAUACUCGCUGUAGUCGGAGUCGAUGUCCUUGUGGGCAGUGCUCUGACAUUUGACACGCUUGCUAGGUAUGUUCAUAUUGACCGUUUAACCGAAGGAAAAAAAUUUGACCGAUUAACAGUUUAAAAGUUGAUUUAAGUUUAAGUUUAUUUUUCAAAUAAUAAUACGUUUAAAUAACUAAUAAAUCAUAAACGUUUGAUGUAUGGUGAAAGAAAAUUCUGCUAUUCAUGUGUUAACUCACGGAGCGUACCGACACGUGCGACCAGGUGUAAAUGCCCUCCGAAAUGCUUUGGAGAUUAAAAUCCGAUCACGCAAACCACUUAAUGAAACUGGACAAGAGUAAUACAUCUGGUUGUUGAGGCCACAUUUAUCAGCGCUUUACUAGUCAAAACGGAGUGCGUCACUCGCAAGUUAGCCUUGCUCAAGCUCAUUGUUUUAAAUGUAGACGCGCUCACCAUGAGCUGUGAUCUGUCUUCACGGCGAAAUGAAGCUCAGCCAAACAAAGCUAACAGCAGAGCUACUGCGAGGGAAUUUCGGUUCUUGAAAUCAAUUUACCCUUUACUUAAACUCAUCUCAUGAUGCUUAGCAUCGGCAGCCUCCCGUGCGCUUUGGAAAGGAGGAGAAAACGGCGCCACCUGUGGUUUGUGAAAAUGUGACCAUGUGUGAAUCCAGGUGCUGUUGUCGAUCUAUGCCGAAUGCUGCUAUUAAACGAACGUUCGUAUUUUUAACAGGUCACAGACACUCGUCAAGUUUUGAAGUCUGCGUCCUACGGAUGUUGCAUUCGAAAGCGUAUGCGGCCGACAAACUCGCGGCGACCUCCAGAGGACGCCUCCGAAAUGAGACGCAGCAUGUAUUGUUAUUUAAUGGCAAUGUGAUCUUAAAAUCUUAUCAGUUAACGGUUAAUGUUCAGAUGAUGAGUGUCGGUUAGUGAAAUGUACCGAAAUGAACAUCCCUAGCAGUUGCGCUUCGGGCGACCCGAGUUGGAGUCUGGU